AUGGACAAUCAGUCGAUGUAUGAUAAUUCAAACUUACCCAGGGAUUCUGCCCUUGAAAGAUCAUCACCUUCUUCUCUUUGUCAGAAUGUUUAUCGGGAUCCAGGUUGGCAUAGAUUUGCUCUGAAACUUGUUUGUGCUGGGAUUAUUCUUCUUGCCUUGACUGUGAUUGGGUUGAGAAUUUCAGUGAUAUCCUUAAUAAACAACUCAUCAAAAGAAAAAAGCAAUGUGGAUUCCCAAGAAAACAGGAAAGUAACAACAGAGAGAUCAGUUCUGUUAACAUGCCCAAUGCACUGGCAACAAAUCCGAGAUAAAUGCUUGUAUUUUCAUGAAACUUUCAAACCUUGGAGUGACGGUCUAGCUGACUGUUCCACAAGAGAAUCCAGUCUACUGCUUAUUCAAGAUCAGGAAGAAUUGGUAAUAAUACAAAACCUGAUAAACAAAGAAGGAAUUCUGUUUUGGAUUGGAUUAAAUUUUACAUUAUCAGAGAAGAGCUGGAAGUGGAUAAAUGGAUCCUUUUUAAUCUCUAAUAUGUGA